UUUUCAGUGCUGCAUAGAUCCAUGUAAGAGUUUAAUUGUUGAAUAGUUCGGUGGAACCAUCUCCUUUCGGUUUAAUUUGGAUGCACCACUGAAAGCUUAUCUGAUAGAUGUCAGAUUUUUCCCUUACGAGCAGAAAAUGGUUCACAGAUAUAAAAACUGUAGCCAGCAGAACCAGGAUAGCGAGGACACUGUGGUCCCUGCAGCUCUUCAUUUUGAUGUAAAUGUGAGGCAACCUCGCAGGUUCAAAACUGGGGGAGGGGGACCUAAGGAAAUGGAACUGGAGGGAUCUUUUGUGUGGCCUCCUGUAAAUCUCAAAUGUUCUCAGAACUGAAAACAAAAACAGCAUGAGCGCUGGUGCCAGCCAACUUUGGUCGCCUCAAGUGACGCACCUACUGCCCCCAACAAAGAAAAGCCCACUGAAGGCAUUCAAACUGCCGUUUUCCAGACCAUUCCUCCCUCCCCAUCAGACUUUUACAGUGUCAAAACCAUGAAGGGAGUCGCCCACCGGGAGUUCUGCAGCUGUACGAGGCCGGUGUACAUGGUGGCAUGUGGCUGGGAUUAGGAAAUUUCACUGUGGAUUAAAAUCUUUCCAACUCCUCCAUGGCCACCGGCUAAAGGAAAAAGAGUCCAAAGCUCCAGCGCUGAUCCAGUCAGCACUCCGGGUCCACAGUCUCACUGAGCAGAUCCAGGAUGUUCCAGCUGCUCCCGGGUCAAAUCCAGCAAACUGGACACCGAACCCGAAAAAGCCGUCUGGUCACCAAAGACGGACACUGUAACAUUGAGUUUGGCAACAUUGAGUACAGUAACCAUUUUGCCUUCGUGGUAGACUUCUGGACCACCUUUGUGGAGAUCCGCUGGCGCUUCGUUCUCCUCCUGUUUGUGGCUGCCUUCACAGGCAGCUGGUUCAUGUUCAGCUUGUUGUGGUACUGGAUCGCAAAGAGCAACGGGGACCUCGCCGUGCAGAACCGAACAGAAGGGCACGUCCGGUGUAUAGACAAUGUUAACGGCCUCACAACGGCAUUCCUGUACUCGUUAGAGACCCAAACCACCAUUGGAUAUGGGGGCAGGGCACUGACUGGGCACUGUGCUGGUACAGUGGCUCUGAUUAUUAUCCAGUCCCUAGUUGGAGUCUUCAUCAACUGCUUUAUGUGUGGCAUCAUCCUGGCCAAGAUCUCCUUACCCAAAAAAAGGGCAAAGACUGUCACCUUUAGCACCACAGCUGUUAUCUGUUUGAAGAAAGGAAGUCUAAGUCUCCUCAUCAGAGUGGCCAACCUGAGAAAGACUUUACUGAUUGGAAGCCAGAUUUAUGGGAAGCUGCUGAAGACAACCACAACGCCAGAUGGAGAGACCAUCAUCCUGGAUCAGGUGGAUGUUGACUUCAUGGUUGAUGCUGGCAAGGAUAACUUGUUUUUUGUUUGUCCACUAACACUCUACCACGUCAUUAACAAAUCGAGUCCAUUCUACGAGUUGUCAGCCGACACUCUCCCCCUACAGGACUUUGAGUUGGUGGUGUUUUUAGACGGGACUGCUGAAUCAACCAGCUCCUCCUGCCAGGUACGAACCUCAUACAUCCCACAGGAGAUCCAGUGGGGCUACAACUUCCUUCCCAUCAUCUCUCGCACUAAAACAGGAAAGUAUCGAGUGGAUUUCUCAAACUUUUCUAAGAGUGUCCAGGUCACCACGCCACACUGUGUACGUUGCUUUGAGACAGACGUAGACCAGAGAAACCACAACAUCCACAACAAGGAGAACCACAUCAACCAGCUGAAGUUGGGCAUUGACAACCUGGGCUUCCAGGUGAUCGACAUUCACAGCCCUGUGGUUGUCACAAAGAUGUGAGAUGCUCCUGUUCUAGAGAAAAAUUAAAAGCCAAGGAAUCAGGAUGUGGGUCGACCGUUUCUCUUUUAGUCAGACUUUUUCAAGUAUUUCAAGUACUAAAGACAAAAGAAUGGUUUUGUAAUGCUAAGGGCAGUAGAAAAGAACGGUGAAAACUGUUACCUGACAUGAAUUAGACUGCUUAUUGCAAUAUGACCCCCACUGGGAGUUUCUGUGGGGGUAAAAUUUGGAAGACACUUUGAAGUUUUGAUACGGUGAACGUUAAAUAGGUAAAACAGUGAAAGGCACAGAGGGCCUUUCUUGAGAAGAUUAGAGUCUGAUCCUGUGCUAAUGUAACGUUUGGGCCUUUUUAAGAGAACAAGCUUGUUAAUCUUGGUUAAAAACUAACUCUGAGGUGUUUUUGUCAUGUUGACAGAUCCUGUAUUUCAUGAUAAUGAAGAAACGGUAAGGGUAGCUGUAAAUGUCAUAAUUUAGUUAUAGUCAGUCUCGAGUUUAGAGAUGAAACUUUGUAAUGCUGUAACAUCUCAGGGAAAGUAAGACCUUUAGCUGGAAUAAAUCUUUUUUUCACAAGUAUUUGUCUUACCGUUCAUUAUUGUCACGUUCAAUAAUGGGUCUUUGGGUGAUUUAAUCAUAGCCUGUUUGAUAUAAUCCCAAA